GUCAAAGCAACGAUGCGAAGUAAAGAAACUGCGAAAUCAAAACAUUACACGCUGUGGUUUUCGUACCAUUUUCCUCUAUUUUGGAUGAAAUUCAAUGAAUAAACUCUUUGUUUAUUAAUUAGAAAGGACAAGUGAAACGGUGAAUAAUAAAGCGAAACAUACAUCAAACACAUUGGAGCUUCAAAGAAAAAUAUAGACAAGAACAGAGAAUUUUUUAUUCCAAAAUUACCAGAAUGAAUUACCAUGCCGAUCAAUUAUUAUGAGAUUUUAAACUGUCAUCCGUCGGACACAAUCGAAGAAAUAAAAAAAUCAUAUCAAGCUUUGGUCUUGAAACAUCAUCCAGACAAACAAAACACCACCGGCGAUCGAAAUGUUUUGCAACUAUUUUAUCAAAUAGAUGAAGCAUGGAAGAUGCUAAGGGAUCCAGAACAGCGAAAAAAGUACGAUGCCGAAAUGCAACAGCACAGAUUCAACGAUGAGCCAAUUGUUUAUGCAAAAAUCUAUCGAAAGGAUUUCGAAUUUGAUGCCGAUUCACAGAGCAAUCUGUAUCCAUGCCGAUGUGGAGGAUAUUUUGUUCUACCCGACGAUUGCAUCGAAUCAAGUGACUGUGAUAAUGGCGUAGCUGAUUCAUCGAUAGAUGAAAAUUGCGGAGAGAAUGAUGAAGUAUACAUUGAAUGUGACGAAUGUUCGUUUGUCGUGCAAUUGCUUAGAAAUCAAAACACCAACAGAUGACCAAUAAAAACAAUUGUUUUUUUCUUUAUUUUAACCAGUAUUUUUACACAAGUUCAAAUCUACGAUUGAAUUACAACCAUAAAUUGAAUAUGGUUGCAAAUAUGUCAACUUUGUAAUAUUUUCUCGAAAAUUUAUUCUAAAAAGUUAUUUUCCAACAAUUUCGUGCAUUAAUGAAUGAUUCCGAAAACCGAAAAAGUAUUUGGAUAAGUCGAAUCUGCAUUGCUGGAUUUGCCAUAAGCGCCAUCUGUAGUUGUUUUCGCCGAAUAUGUCAUUGUCAGAAAACAUUGUUUGUAAUCAACAUAAACAUAUAACACAAAAAUAAAAGUUAAAUUUCCUAUUUCAACAUCAACAUAAAAAUCUGAAUUGUUAUUCAAAAAAAAAAAAAAACCGAAAAGUUUAAAUGACAACGUGAUUCGAGUGCAGCAUUCCAAUUGUAUCGGCAUUGAAAAGUUUCGUAUUUGAUAAAAUCAAUAAACAAUUGGAUUUGAUUUCCUGUGAAUUGAGAGGAAAUGAUUGAUACACAAUGGGUAGAUGAGUCUUGACUUAGCCUUCAUACGUCGAAUUAUUUCUUCAUCACAGGCUUCCGUCAUAACAAUGUAUUCAGAGGGUUACAAAUAUUGGUUGGCCUACAAAAAAAAUAAUACCAGUUAUUACCGAUGUUCGCGCUACAAAACCGGGUGCCCAGGUCGUUGUGUUGUCGAAGGCUCAAAAAUUCGAGUAUGCACAGAGCAUAAUCACAAUCAUCCGCCGGAACCCGAUCGUGUGCUUGUUGACAAGUUUCGUAAGGUGCUAACGAAUCGUGCUGCAGUCGAGACAAAGGAUCUGUAUACCAUAUACUGGGAGGAAGCAAGCCAACGACAUUCAGAUGCGGCUCUGCUGUAUACAUUCAGUGGUGCCGAGUCUGCUAUGAGAAAAGCACGCCGAUAUAAGCAAUUGCCUCAAGAACUGAAUAAUGUACAAGAUUUGGAUAAUAUUCUUAGCAACACGAAUAUGUUUCGUAUUCACAGCGGAUCGCGUCGUGACCCAUUCUACCAGACAACACUCACACUCAACGAUGACAGUGUGUGCGUGAUUUUUAUGCAUAUGAAUACCAUCGAAACAAUUGGCCACAUCGAAGAAAUCCACAUAAAUGAUGCGAUCAACGGUGAUCCGGACAUACAACUCACCCAUCAUCUGCUCAUUGUUCAUGCCGUGAAAAAUUAUUACCACAUUCCCAUCUUGUAUGCGAUAUCAGCAAUAAAAACACAAGCGAUUUAUGCUGUUAUCUUUGCCUAUGUUCGAGAAAGUUUGUCCACGUACAUCACUCCUAAUACGAUUAUGAGCGAUUUCGAUCCAGAAACGCAAUUGGCACUUGCCUACACAUUUCCCGAUGCAUCCAUUAAAGGUUUCUGGCAUUACUACACCGAUUCGAUUCUGAAGUACAUGAAAUGCAUUCGAUUGCAAUGGGACAAGGGCCGUAGUAAUACGUCAAGCUGUUUACGAAUGUUGAUGGUGCUGCCAUUGCUACCUGCGGAAUACAUGGUGCCUGGGCUGCAAGCGAUUCGCAAAUGGGCCCAAGAAAAAUCGGUCAUGAAUUCAUCGAUUGAAAAAUUAUGCUCGUUUAUUGAACACGAUUGGCUACGUUCUGUUGGCGCCGAUAAAAUGUCUAUUUUCGGUUUUCCGCAUGGCGUUCACAAUUAUGUGCAACACUUCAAUAACGAACUGAAGCAAUCACUGCUCAACUCACAACAACAACAAUCCAUUUGGCAUAUUUUAGAAUGCAUAACACAUUUAGCCACCCGAACUUAUUUAAAAUGUAAAAAGCACCAAAAUGCGACAGACAUCAAACCGAAUAAACACCAAACGGUGCUAGAGACAAUCAUAAAAAAUGCCACGCAAAUGUGGUGCUCUGAUCCGAUUCACCUGCGAAAUCCAUUGCAGUUUUUGCAAUUGAGUAGUCAUUGUAUCAAUGACGUUCACAUGGAAGCAUCCCAGGCGCAGUUGGGUGCCUCUUCGGAACAUAAGUCAAAUGCUGGAAAUCAUGAUGAUGACCGACAUUUUAAUCUAUCAAAACAGAAUUCAAAUAGGAGAAACAAAACGUCUACGACAAAAGAUGCUAAGAAAAAUUACGUAGCGAUUUCACAUGACGAUAUGAAUGCAACUCUGGUGGAAGAUGUUUCAACAAAACCAAUGUCGACUGUACCGCAAUCUUUCGCAGUGAAAAGUGUCAAUAGAUCCGAGCCACCGCCACUGGCAUUUUUCCCAAAAAAUGGCAAUAUACGAAAACCAAUCAUUUUCUCGGCCACAGAACCACCACCACUAGUUCCGAUUGCACGGAAUUUUGCGUAAGGAACAAAAGAUGAAAGUACAAAACCAUACAAAAUGCCAAGUGCAAACGAAUUUUUAUUCACGAAACAUUUUAAUUUUUGGACAAGGUCUCAUUUUUUAAGUAUUAUUAUUCUUCAACAGUAUUUAAAUAUUUUAAUUUCAUUUUAUUUGAAAUCAUAUUAGAUAAAGAAUUUUUGAAGACGUUGCACUUGAGUUUAAGAAAGGCAAUAAAAAAUGGAAAUUAAUUUUAUAUUUAAAACUAAUUUAGUGAUCAGAUUAAAUAAAAUAAAGAAAAUUUAAAAUAAAAA